CACUUCUUGUUUCCAGUGGAAAAACAUAUGCCCCCCCAAAAAAAAAUUAUAAAACAAAAAAUCAUCAAGAAAAAAAAGAAGUAGAGACAGAAAGUGUGUCACCUUUCUUUCGAACCAUAGUCUUCAAUGGCGGCCUCUGUCCAAAACCGACAGUUCAGUCGCCUCGACCAGAGUCUAUCCGGCGUUCCUCACACCUUUAAACCCGGUCCGAAUCACCGCUCCGACUCCUCCGUCCGAGCCUAUAGCUUUCCUUAUACUCCUGAAAUUAGCCGACCCAUUAAACCGGUAGCUUUCGAGGAUUCCUCGUCCGAAGAUGAGGCUGAGAAUGAUUAUGACAACGCAUUAAACAAAGAAAAAAUGGAAUCUGAACCGUUGGUUUUCGACUCGAGAGACGAAGGAACCGCCGAUAAUUGGGUGGAGCGAAACCCGUCGAUGAUCCGACUCACCGGGAAGCACCCUUUCAACUCGGAACCUCCCCUGACCCGACUCAUGCACCACGGCUUCAUCACCCCCGUCCCGCUCCACUACGUCCGGAACCACGGCCCGGUCCCGAAAGGAACCUGGGAAGACUGGACCGUUGAGGUCACCGGUCUAGUCAAGCACCCGACCCGGUUCACCAUGGACCAGCUGGUCACCGAGUUCCCGAGCCGCGAGUUCCCAGUCAGUCUCGUCUGCGCCGGUAACCGCCGCAAAGAACAAAACAUGGUGAAGAAAACCAUCGGGUUCAACUGGGGCGCCGCCGGAGUGUCGACUUCGGUGUGGCGCGGCGUACCGUUGCGGUGUGUCCUGAAGCGGUGCGGCAUCCUCAGCCGUAAAAAGGGAGCACUAAACGUGUGUUUCGAGGGUGCCGAGGAUCUCCCCGGCGGCGGUGGGUCUAAGUACGGCACGAGCCUGAAGAAAGAGUUCGCCAUGGAUGCAUCGCGGGACAUCAUAUUAGCGUACAUGCAAAACGGUGAUCGUUUAUCACCAGAUCAUGGGUUCCCAAUACGAAUGAUCAUACCGGGUUUCAUAGGAGGUCGUAUGGUAAAAUGGCUAAAGCGUAUCAUAGUAACAACUCAGGAAUCAAACAGUUAUUACCAUUUCAAAGACAACCGAGUCCUUCCCUCCCACGUGGAUGCCGAACUUGCCAACUCCGAGGCUUGGUGGUACAAGCCUGAGUACAUCAUCAAUGAGCUGAAUAUUAACUCAGUAAUCACCACACCUUGUCAUCAGGAGAUAUUGCCGAUCAACACGUGGACCACCCAGAGGCCAUACACGUUAAGAGGCUACGCAUAUUCCGGAGGAGGGAAGAAAGUGACGCGUGUAGAGGUGACGAUGGAUGGAGGGGAGACGUGGCACGUGUGUGAGGUGGAGCAUAAAGAGAAGCCCAAUAAGUAUGGCAAAUAUUGGUGUUGGUGCUUUUGGUCCCUGGAGUGGAGGUCCUGAUCGGUUGCAGCCAAGGAGAUCGCGGUCCGAGCCUGGGACGAGACUCUCAACACUCAACCCGAGAAUCUCAUCUGGAACCUCAUGGGAAUGAUGAACAAUUGCUGGUUCCGAGUAAAGACGAAUGUGUGCAAGCCACACAAGGCCGAGAUCGGAAUCAUGUUCGACCACCCAACUCAGCCCGGAAACCAGUCCGGUGGCUGGAUGACUCGGCAGAGUCACCUCGAGAACUCAUCCGAGUCUACCCAAACCCUAAACAAGAACCUCUCUUCACCCUUCACAAACACCACCUCAAAUCUCUACUCAAUGUCCGAAGUCAAAAACCACAACACGGCCGACUCAACAUGGAUCGUCGUCCACGGCCACGUCUACGACUGCACUCGGUUCCUCCUCGACCACCCCGGCGGCGCCGACAGCAUUCUCAUCAACGCUGGAACCGACUGCACCGAAGAGUUCGAUGCUAUCCACUCCGACAACGCCAAGAAACUCCUCGAGGACUACCGAAUCGGAGAGUUGAACAUGACCCAGUUCGAUCCGAUCAAAGAAGUUCCUCGAUCGAGAACCAUUGCCCUCGUUCCACGGGAAAAAAUUCCAUGCACGCUAGUGGAAAAGACUUCGAUUUCUCAUGACGUCAAAAAGUUUAAAUUUUCAUUGCCAUGUGAAGAACAAGCGCUGGGAUUGCCUGUGGGGAAGCAUAUUUUCUUGUGUGUAACCAUUGAUGGUAAGCUAUGCAUGCGAGCCUACACGCCGACGAGCUCGGUUGACGAGGUGGGUUAUUUUGAGCUUGUGGUGAAGAUUUACUUGAAGGGUUCGAACCCUAAGUUCCCUAAUGGUGGACUCAUGACUCAGUACUUGGACUCAGUCCCAUUAGGGUCUGUGAUAGAAGUGAAGGGUCCAUUAGGGCACAUUGAGUAUACAGGAAUGGGAAGUUUCACUGUGCAUGGCAAACACAAGUUUGGUAAGAGGUUGGCUAUGAUCGCGGGUGGGACGGGCAUAACACCGAUAUAUCAGGUGAUUCAGGCAAUCUUGAAGAAUCAGAAUGAUGAUACAGAGAUGUAUUUGGUGUAUGCGAAUCGGACGGAGGAGGAUAUAUUGCUGAGGGAUGAGCUUGAUGCUUGGGCUGACAAGUGUGAUAGGUUGAAAGUGUGGUAUGUGGUGGGAAAGACAGUGAGGGAAGCGUGGAGAUAUAGUGUGGGGGCCAUCACCGAGAGUAUCCUGAGGGAGCACAUCCCUGGUCCGUCCGAUGAGACGCUGGCAUUGGCGUGUGGGCCACCGCCGAUGAUUCAGUUCGCCGUGCAGCCUAGUUUGGUGAAGAUAGGAUAUGAUAUCAAGAAUUCUUUGUUGGUGUUUUGAAAAAGCCAAGAACCGAAAUCUUCAUACAUAAUUCAAUGAUGGAGACUAAGAAAGAAUUUGAUGACAGAAGAUAUUAAGGUCUAAUAUUUCUUUGUUAUCUCAUAUAUUAAGUAUAUGUGUUUUAUUUCUCUUUGGUA